CGGAGGCAAGCGGCAGGAAAAUGGAGGGGCCGCGCUGGUGGCGGUUUUUGUGGUCUCGCGCACAGCCCAUGGCGCGUGCUGCGCGUGCAUCGAGCCUGCUCAGCGCCGUCAGUCGUGCCAGCGGGCCAGCAAAAAAGAAGACGGCCUGGAUCUGCGGACCCCUGCUUUCUGGCCGAUUCACCUUCCGACAAGCCAAGCCCUGUCGCCGUGUGCCACCAGUCCCAUUCUCAAGGCCAGAAGCGGGACUUGGUCUGCCAGGGAACCUUCUCCGCUCAAAGCAAUCAUGGCAAUGAAUGGCGACAGCAUGCAGGACCUUGUAAGCACACCACCAAUGCACCUGAUGGACUUCUGCUCGAUGCCCGUGCAAUAUGAGUGCGUGGUAGCGCCCAUACCCACACCCUAUGGGCCUCCCCCCGACACAUCUCAAAUGGGCACAUCACCGCCACCUCCGUUUCCACCUCCCAAUUCGGUGGUAGGGCCGGCGCACAACACGCGCUCCAAGCGGGCCUCCAUGGAGUCGUGCAUGCGGCCCCAAUGCUACGUGUGUGGCAAGAAGUUUGAGCACCCCAUGCACCUGCACACACACAUGGAGCUCCAUGCACCAUUUACGGGGGAGGGCCAGCCAAUGGUUUCCGGAGACGACGACAAGAUGCCACCGCUGCCGCUGCUGCCCAACCCACCACCACCACCCCCACCGCCAGCGCCAUCUCGUCGGAGCUCUUCGGGCAGGGGCUCCCAUCAGGGAACACUGCACUCCUGCUACAUAUGCACCAAAAAGUUUAAGCAGGUGGGCCACUUGAACAACCACGUGCGACUUCACACGGGCGAGAAGCCAUACGAGUGCCAGGUGUGCAAGAAGAAGUUCACCCAGAGUGGCCACCUGCUGAGCCACACGCGCAUGCACACCAACCACAGGCCCUACGAGUGCAAGUACUGCAACAAGAGCUUCACCCAGAGCGGUCACCUCAACAACCAUGAGAGGCUGCACUCGGGUGAGCGGCCCUACCAGUGCACUGUCUGCUCCAAGCGGUUCACCCAGAGCGGCCACCUGUCCAACCACAUGCGCCUCCACUCGGGCGAGCGCCCCUUCGAGUGCCAGGUGUGCACCAAGACCUUCACUCAGAGCGGGCACCUGAACAACCACAUGCGCCUUCACACUGGUGGACGCCCGCACUCGUGCCCAGUGUGCCAGAAGCGCUUCACCCAAACUGGCCACCUGAGCAACCACAUGCGCAUGCACACGGGCGAGCGCCCCUACGACUGCCUCAUUUGUGACAAGGCCUUUGCUCAGAGUGGGCACCUGGCUAGCCACCUGCGCUCGCACCAAGGUCUCACCCUCGGUGCAUCGAGCACAUCCUGCACGGGACGAAUGGGCGGCAUUCCCCCUCCUCCGCGGCCAGCACCACACAUAAUCAAGUUGACUCCAGCUGGUCAACAAGAGGAACAACAACAACAGGAUGAGGAGAAGCAACCCGAAGAAGAGCAACAAGAACAAGAACAGCAACCACAGAGUAUGUUGCCAGAUACACCCAAAAACGAGCCUUCAGAUGAGACACACCACAGGGCAGCUUGGAAUCCCAGCGAACAGAGUACAGGCACACAGAUGGCCUGCAGGCCUUCAGUGGCACUGCCUCAGGAGAGCAUGCCAAUUUUGGAGCCAGUGUUGGCAUCCAUGAUUGAUAAAGAGCAGGGUGGGAUGCAGACUAACAUGCCGAAUGACGUCGUGGUGGUGGAAACACAUGCAAACGUGCCACACGAGAUGCCAGUCGAGGUUCAGAGGGGCCCCCACCAACACGGCAAGUUGGCCAUGCAGCCUCGAGGAGUCGCAAGCAUGCAAGCUCGCAUGGAAAUGCACAUGCGUGCAAAUGUCCCGAUCGAAAUGCAGAACAGAGUGCAGGCGGAAAUGGACCCGCACCUAGACUGCCCGCUAGACCUGACACCAGACCCGAGGUACCACUUGGAGUCUGAUCCGCCUCUCUACCCACGAUACAACUCCGAGACCGACACCGACGACAGUGACAGUGAUGCGGAGACCUGAUCGACAGGCCCUCUAUGACAUGAUGAGCAUGUCUAGCACUAGCUUAGAAACUUGACGACGACUCACUUUAGGUCGCUGUAUAUGGUAAUUUUGAAAAGUGGAAACUCUUUGUGCCUGCCUGCCAUAGCUGCUGGAGGAAAGAAGCAAAACGAGGUGAAAAAGUGAAGGCGUUUGCAAAGAAGUUACUGCAGCAGAGAACUUGACCUUGCAGAUGGACGCAGACGUCCCUGGACUUAAAAACAUUGUUUAGCAUUUUGACAUUUUACAUGUUGCUUUUUUUUUCAUUAUGCACAAAUAAAACCUGACAGAUGCUUUUUUACAUACCUUCACUAUUAAUGUUAAGUGGCACCUAGCAAAAAAUUAUGAGCCAGUCUAGAAAAAUUCUGGGUAGAAUCUACCUUCAUGCACCAGCGAGCAAGUGCUAUGAAAGUAUAGCCCUUUUUUUUAAACGUUAGUUGCAUUUAGUGGGUUGACCAGAAUAUUUCCUGUAGGUAAAGGAGCAAUGUUGCAUACUACAUGAGCCAGACCAUCAUAUCUCAAAGUAUUUUUAAGCCAAGUGAAAAUAUGUAUUAUAGGCAGAAACAUUUUUAUGCUUCACUGCCAGUGUGUACCAGGUUGUAUAAAAUGUACCACUAGUGUAACCUCCGUUUACUAUACAGUACAAGUGCAUGCUUACACCUUCCUCAAUACUUAUGUUUUGUAAUAUGUCGAUAUGUGCAACAAAAGUAUGUUCUACGACUUUAUGACCAACUUGUCAUACC